UUGUUUACAGCACUCGGGUGAAAAAAUGGCGCCCAAGGAAAAGAAAACCAAUAGCCCUACUAGCGACAGCGACGAGGACGAAACCUUCUAUUACCGGUAUCCCUCCGCCCCCUCUUCUGACCCGUCGCUGCCGUCGUCUUCACAGUCGCACUUCUCAUCGCAAUCGCACUUCUCAUCGCAAUCGCACUCACACUCACACUCUUCCACUAAGUCUGGCGGUGGUUCUGGAGGUUUGGUUCCUUCGAAGUCUACUCUCUAUGUUUCCAAUUUCGACUAUUCACUCACUAAUUCCGACCUCCACACUCUCUUCUCCAACUUUGGUAAGAUCGCUCGUGUUACGGUGUUGAAAGAUCGACAGACUCGCAAGUCUCGCGGCGUUGCCUUCGUCCAGUUUAUUUCUCAGGACGACGCGGUGAAGGCCGCGAAACAGAUGCACGGGAAGAUUUUGAAUGGCCGUGUUCUUAAGGCUGCUAUAGCGACUGAUAAUGGUCGUGCGGCUGAGUUUAUAAGGAAGAGGGUUUAUAAGGAUAAGAGUAGGUGCUACGAGUGCGGCGCAAUUGAUGGGCAUUUGUCUUAUGAAUGCCCUAAAAAUCAAUUGGGGCCAAGGGAGCGACCAGAACCGAAGCGGGUAAGAAGGGGUGGAGUUGGUGCUAGGCACGAGGAGGAUUGGGGAUCGGAUGUUGGAGAAGGGUUUGAGGAUGACAAUUGGGCCUCGGUGGUGGACGGAGAUGCAGACCAGAGACUCCUGACUGGCGGUGAGAACAUUGUAGAGAAGAAAAAAGAGAAGAAAGCAAGUUAUUUCAGUGACGAGAGCGACGAAGAUGAUUAACUGAGCCUGUCUCUUUGGGAAGAGUUUGUAAAAGGCUACAUUAAGAUAUAUCAAGGUUGGAGACCAAAGUUGAGAGGCUAAAGUCGGUAGUACAAGUUAAAGAUAUGGAGAUUGCAACAGUUACACAAAUAGAAGCCAAAGGUAAGGCUGCUUUUAAAGCUCAAAUUGACAAGCUACAGUAGGAAAAUGUUGAACUCCAGAGAAGGGUUAUUGGCAAUCAGCAAGUAGGAACUCAACAAAUACCUGAGGUGAAGAAGAAAGAAAAGGAGUACAUCAAAUUAAAGAGGGGUGACGACGUGGAACUUGGAAUGGCAAGAAAACUGAUAACGAUUUCUAUAAAAGGAUAGUGGAUGCUUAUGAAGUUAAAAAUCAAGAAUUGACGUCAGAGAAUGCUUAUUUAAAGACAUUGACCAGUAAAUGCAGGUUUGCAACAAUUUUGUUAUUGUCUGUGUUUUAAGUUUACUAAAUUUUUAUCAAAUAAAUUUUGGAAGGGGUGGUGAGCAUGCAAUAAAACAAGUUUGUAGAAUGCAUCUAUUCCGUCUUAUUAAUUUUGUGAUAUUGAGGUUUUUUGCCA